CAGUGUCAUGUAUAUUCUAUGCAAUGAAGAGCCAUUGUGGAUGAGUCUAUGCCUUAACAAUAUAAAUCGUCACCUUCAGUAUAAAGGCUCCUGGAAGAAAACCACCCUGCAUCAACUGGAUCAGCCAGAUGAAUAUGAAAAAUGCUGCAGAAAACCACUGCACUUUGACGGGUUUAACUCUUUAUAUCUGUAUAGAAGAUUAUACCGGUGUUAUACCACGUUGGAUGGAUUCUGUUUUGAUAGCGGAAAUGUGGAAAGAAAGAAAAACCUCUCUUUGGAGGAGUUUCAUAUCGAGUAUGAUGGACAAAAACCGGUUUUGAUUUCUGGAUUGACUGAUACUUGGCCAGCGAGGAAGACAUGGACAACUGAACAGCUAUUGCUGAACUAUGGAGACACAGCAUUUAGAAUAUCUCAGAGGAGUUCUCGGAAAAUUAAUAUGAAACUCAAGGAUUAUGUCUCGUACAUGCAAAUGCAGCAUGAUGAGGAUCCCCUCUAUAUUUUUGAUGACAAGUUUGGGGAAGCUGCUCCAGGUUUGUUGAAGGAUUACAUGGUGCCUCAUAUAUUUCAGGAAGAUUUUUUCGAUGUAUUAGAUAGAGAUCAACGACCCCCUUUUAGAUGGCUCAUCAUCGGUCCAGAGAGGUCUGGUGCCUCUUGGCAUGUAGAUCCUGCUCUUACCAGUGCUUGGAAUACUCUUCUCUAUGGCCGGAAAAGGUGGGCAUUGUAUCCUCCUGGAAAGGUACCUUUAGGUGUGACAGUACAUGUAAAUGAAGAAGAUGGUGAUGUCAAUAUUGAGACUCCAUCAUCAUUGCAGUGGUGGCUCGAUUUUUAUCCACUUCUUGCUGACAAAGACAAGCCUAUAGAGUGUACCCAGCUACCUGGCGAGACCAUAUUUGUUCCAAGUGGAUGGUGGCACUGUGUGCUUAAUCUGGAGACAACUGUUGCUGUUACGCAGAAUUUUGUGAGUUCCAAAAACUUUGAAUUUGUAUGUCUGGAUAUGGCUCCUGGCUAUCGACAUAAAGGAGUCUGCCGUGCUGGAUUACUCGCUGUUGAUGAAAGCAGUUUUGAGGAUGCCAAAAUGAAUACAUUGUGCAUGGAAGAUAAUUUAUGCUACUCAGACCUGACUAGGAAAGAGAAGAGGGUCAGAAUUUGUGAACCUGCUGUAGAAGAUCCAAACAGUGAAAAUGCCAGAAAUGAUGCUUCAAAAAGUUACAGAUUGUAUGAUCAGGAAUUUUCUUAUGAUAUAAAUUUCUUGGCGACGUUUUUGGAUAGAGAGAGGGACCACUACAAUUCUUUAUGGAGCUCAGGCAAUUGCAUAGGAGAACGAGAAUUGAGAGAAUGGUUAUGGAAGCUUUGGGUUGGGAAACCUGGACUCAGAGACCUAAUAUGGAAGGGAGCCUGCCUUGUUCUAAAUGCGGGCAAAUGGUCUGAAUGCAUGGAAAAUAUUUGUGCCUUUCAUGAGUUGCCGUUACCCACUGAUGAUGAGAGGCUUCCUGUUGGCACGGGUAGCAAUCCUGUCUACCUCGUUUGUGACAAUGUAAUAAAAAUAUUUGUUGAACGAGGGACAGAAGCUUCUUUUUAUGCUUUAGGCACCGAGCUUGAGUUUUAUGGUCUACUGCAUAAACUUGACUCUCCACUGAAAAAUCACAUUCCUGGUGUUGUGGCAAGUGGGUUUAUCUUUUCUGAAAAUGGGUCAUAUACGGUUGCAUCUUGGGAUGGCAAAGGAGUUCCUUAUGUGUUUGCCAACCAUAACUUCAUUCCAGAAAAUUGUAAAGAAGUUGAUUAUCCUUUUGGUAUAUGGAGCAAAAAACAAUUUGAAUAUAAGAAAGCUGGGAUGUCAAUACACGAAUCAAUAGGUUCUGCUGGAUGCUCAAGAAUUUGGCCUUAUAUUGUGACAAAAAGAUGUGAAGGAAAAAUAUUUGCUGAACUACGAGAUACCCUCUCAUGGGAGAACAUUCUAAAAUUGGCUUCCUUUCUGGGAGAACAGCUGCGUCACCUACAUCUUUUGCCCUGUCCAUCUUUAAAUUUUUCGACCAGCUCAGAUAGUGAAUAUAGAAAAGAGCUACCACGUGGUAAAAGGUCUGUGGUGGAUGGCGCUGAUGAAGUGAGCAUUCCAGCAGAAUGGUUACUUUUCAUCAGAACUCUGAAUGGGAGGAAAAAGGAUGUUUCUAAUCGGUUGACUAAAUGGGGUGAUCCUAUUCCCAGUAUACUGAUAGAGAAAGUUGAUGAAUACAUCCCCAAUGACUUUUCGAAGUUUUUUACUAUGUUUAAGGAUGACAAUGGCUUGCUGGAUGUUUCUAAAUCUUUCACUUGGAUACACUCAGAUAUAAUGGAUGACAAUAUCCAAAUGAAGCCUGACCUGGUCAAUAAUGAUUAUGUGAAUGGCAGCAAUAAUGGAACGGGAGAGGAAAAAUCAUGGCGUCCUAGCUUCAUCCUCGAUUUCAGUGAUCUGUCCAUAGGGGACCCCAUAUGUGAUGUGAUUCCCAUACAUCUGGAUGUCUUUAGAGGAGAUACUUGUCUCCUAAAGCAGUUUCUAGAAAGCUAUAAACUUCCACUAGUGAGAAGAAAAUCAAAGAGUGAAUCAAUAGAGGGGGGCGAUAAGUUUGGGCGACUUUCGUACCAAGCAAUGUGUUACUGUAUAUUGCAUGAAGAGAAUGUCUUGGGAGCUAUUUUUAACUUAUGGAAAGGACUAAGGAUGGCAAAGUCAUGGGAGGAAGUUGAGGAAACAGUGUGGGGAGAUCUGAAUAGUUACACUAGCCUCUAUUGACCAAUCAGUUUUCUUAGUUUUCCGAGACUCAGGUACACAAGGCUUUGCUUCCUCUAACAUCUCUACUACUUGAACAUUACAAAAGUGGUCACACUGUUGAUCAAUUUUUUGCAGUUGAUGAUUGUUGUUGUGACAAUUUGAUCGAUAAUUUAAUUAUUCUUUCUGCAAUGAAAUGAUUUUUGGCAUUGUGUAACACC